GCGCCUUUCGGGAGGCUGAAAACUCAAGACCUCGGACACGCCUGCUGAAUUCACUCAUAUGAACAAUCUGAGUGAGCAAAUGUUCAGGGUUUAAGGGUUUUAACCAAUCCUCUUCUCUGCAUUUCUUCUCAGUUCCUACUCUCUUCUCUUCUUCUUGACUUUGGAUUUUCCUUCCACUCGUCGGCUUCAAUUGCAUUAGUUUCAGCUUCUAUAACAUGUACGGCGAUCCUCAACAGUUUCAGCAGCACCAGCAGCAGCCCAAUCAGCAUCCUCAUGGCGGGGAUUUCCCUAGAGGCCCGCCCAUGAUGAGGCAACCGUCUGCUUCUUCAACUACACUCGCUCCGGAGUUUCAACAUCACCAUCAUCCUCGCCAUCCCUCUGGCCCUGCUCCUCCUCCUCCUUAUGAAGCCCAUGGGGAUAGUUUUGCUGCAAAAAGAAUGAGAAAGCUUACUCAAAGGAGGGCAGUCGAUUAUACUAGUACUGUUGUGCGAUACAUGCAGCUUCGUAUGUGGCAACGAGAUUCAAAGGAAAGGACUGUAUUGCAAUCAACUCCAGCAGCAGCUAUUGAUAUGUUGCCUCCAGCUGCUAAUUCAGAUAAUCCAUCUACGAGCUUUGCAGCAAAGUUUGUCCAUACGUCGAUCAACAAAAAUCGUUGUUCAAUUAAUAGAGUGUUGUGGACUCCCACAGGGAGACGUCUUAUUACAGGCUCACAAAGUGGCGAAUUUACCCUUUGGAAUGGACAGUCGUUCAAUUUUGAAAUGAUUCUUCAGGCUCAUGAUCAAGCAAUUCGGUCUAUGGUAUGGAGCCACAACGACAACUGGAUGGUGUCUGGUGAUAAUGGGGGCUCAAUAAAGUAUUGGCAAAAUAACAUGAAUAAUGUGAAGGCGAAUAAAUCUGCUCGUAAAGAAUCAGUUCGGGACUUGAGCUUUUGUACGACAUAUUUGAAAUUCUGUUCCUGCUCUGAUGAUACUACAGUCAAAGUUUGGGACUUUGCUCGGUGCCAAGAAGAGCGUUCUUUGUCUGGCCAUGGGUGGGAUGUGAAAAGUGUUGAUUGGCACCCCACCAAGUCUCUUCUAGUUUCAGGUGGCAAAGACAACCAUGUGAAACUUUGGGAUGCAAAAUCCGGGAAAGAGCUUUGUUCAUUUCAUGGUCAUAAAAAUACAGUACUAGGUGUCAAAUGGAAUCAAAAUGGUAACUGGGUGCUGACUGCUUCAAAGGAUCAAAUCAUUAAGCUUUAUGACAUCAGGGCUAUGAAAGAGCUUGAGUCGUUCCGUGGGCAUAGAAAGGAUGUGACCGCAUUGGCCUGGCACCCUUUCCAUGAAGAGUAUUUUGUUAGUGGGAGUUUUGGCUCUAUAUUUCAUUGGCUUGUUGGACAUGAGACUCCUCAGAUUGAAAUUACCAAUGCACAUGAUAAUAGUGUGUGGAACCUCGCAUGGCAUCCUAUUGGUUAUCUUCUGUGCAGUGGUAGCAACGAUCACACAACCAAGUUCUGUUGUCGAAAUAGGCCAGGAGACACUGCUCGUGAUAAGUUUAGCACAGGUUACAAUGAGCAAAAUCCUGUUGGUUCUGCUCAUAUGACUGGUAACUUUGCAGUACCUGAUGGACCUACUUCGCCCGGACCAUUUCCACCUGGGUUGGCUCGAAAUGAGGGAACCAUUCCUGGCAUUGGAGUUGCAAUGCCCUUGUCUGACACUGCAGUAAUGGGAGAACGUAAGCAGCCACAUCAAAUUUCAAUGCCAGUAGGGGCUCCUCCCCUCCCACCUGGUCCACACCCUUCUCUUCUUGCUGCCAAUCAGCAGCAUCCUUUUCAACAAAAUCCUCAGCAGUUCAUGCAGCAGCAGCAGCAGCAAUCUCAGCACCACCAGACGCCACAUAUGGCCCCAUUGCCCAUGCAACCUCAAAAUUUACCGCAGUUACAACCUCCUUCACAUUUCCCUUUGCUUCCACACCCAAAUUUACCUCGACCACCCCAGAUGCCCACAAUGAAUAUGCCUUCACAACCUGGAUCAUUGCCUUCAUCAGGACCUGCCAUGCCUGGUCCCAUGGGGAUGCAAGGAUCUAUGAAUCAGAUGGUUCCUCCCAUGCGACAGAACCAUUUUGUGGGCAUGAAUCAAAUGCACUCUGGACCUAUGCCUACUAGUGGCGCUCCACCUUCUGGUCAAGGUUUUCAGAACAGCUUAACAAAUAUGCAGGGCCCAUCAAAUGCGUCUAGGGCACCAAUGUAUCUACAGGGUGGUGCAUUUAAUCGAACACCGGCUGGGCAAAUGCAAAUGACACCAGGGUUUAAUCCGUACCAGUUCGGUGGUCAACCCGGGAUGCCUCCGCCGCAACCACCAGGCGGCGGGCCUCAUAAUACCCAGACGCCUCAGUAAUCCAUCCACCAUCUACGUGUGCAACUGGAGAAAAAGCCCCUUCCCUUUCCUAUGCUACCUUUCAAAAUAUCCAUAGUUUGCUGUGAAGAUGUGUUCUAGAGGUCCCCUAGAGUAAGGGCUGUUGAUACAGAGAAACUAAACCUUUCCCUCCCUCCCUUAGAU